AUGAACUCUAUCACGUUUGGGAGCUCAAACCAUGGCUUCCAGGUGGGCAUGAAUCAUGGACAGAUCAGAUCUUCUGAAUUUGAUUUCCCAACUGCAAGACCUAGGACUUCUCGAAAUCCGAGUUUUACUGUACCUUUUCGACGAGAUAACGACUUCAUUGUGGACCAGAAGCUCCUGGACCAAGUCAGCAGCAAGCUCUCUAUUCCUGGAUCUCGAGUGGCUCUGGCUGGACUGGGUGGUAUUGGGUAG